AGAGAGUAAUUGAAAUUAUAUUGUUAAAUAUGAUACAUUUAAAAGCAUUAUUGGGUGUUCUUUCGCUCCUUUUGGCUACAAUUGCAGCUCAAAAUGAUGGACCAGUUAUUAAUUUAGAAAAAGGUAAAAUUCGAGGGCUUAUUCGAGAGAGCGAAAACGGAAAUAAGUAUUACGCUUUUCAAGAGAUUCCCUUCGCCGCUCCUCCUGUCGGUCCGAAUCGAUUUCAGGUGCCGAAAGAACCUCCACAAUGGGACGGAAUAUUAAACACAACAAGGAACACCAAAAGGUGUUAUCAGAGUCAACUUUUACAAGGAGAUGUUGAAACGAUUGAGAGUGAAGAUUGUCUGUACUUAAAUGUUUAUUCACCCGACAUUCACGCUAAAAAAUUGCUUCCCGUUUUGUUAUGGAUCCAUGGUGGAGCAUUCGUUACUGGAUCAGCAGUUUUUGGAGAAACUGGUCCGAAGUAUAUAAUGGAUCAAGACAUUGUAGUUGUUACUACUAACUACCGUUUAGGAGCUUUUGGUUUCGUAGGAACUGACGACGAAGUUAUACCACUUAAUCUCGGCCUAAAAGACCAGAGAUUAGCAAUGGAAUGGGUAAAUAAAAAUAUACAUUUAUUUGGGGGCAAUCCAAAGCACGUGGUACUAGCUGGAGAAAGCGCUGGUUCAAUUUCAGUCGGAUUUCAUCUUAUUAGCCAAAGACCCAAUGAGGAACAACUAUUUCAGGCAGCAAUAAUGCAAAGUGGAACACCUAUUGCCAGUGGUUUAAAACAAAGCGAUUCCACUCAAAACGCGUUUGAUCUCGGCCGAAGACUUGACAAAAACUUUUCAUCUAAGGACUCAAAGGAGCUGUUGAAUGUACUACAAAAAGCCGAUGCAAAAGAUAUAGUUUCAGCAUUCGUUAUUGGAGGCGUCUCAUUAGAAAAAGAAGGCUUAUUUUCGCAUCUUGGCUAUCAAGCAUUCAUAGAUCAAAAGUAUCAAAGAGUUCCUGUACUGAUCGGGUUCAAUUCAGAAGAAUGGCUUUUCGUUGGGAAAAAUGAAACUCAAUUAAAGGAAAUAGACAAAGAUCCAAGCUUACUAAUACCAGCAAGAGUGAAUGUUGCACCAGGGAUGAGACCUACUGUUGGAAAACUCCUGAAAGAGAUUUACACCCAAAACACUUCUUUCGAAGAGGAUUUUGGUGGAUUCGUACGGUUCACUAGUGACAGCAUGUUCAUAAACGGGGUAUGCAAACUAGUCGAAUUAAGUUGUGAGAAUGCCCCGUACUAUCUCUAUCAGUUCGCAUAUAAGGGAGUGUUAGGUGAAUCGAUGAAUAUUCCACCUUACAAUGAUACCGGAAAUGUUGUGCAUGCAGAGGAUUUGCGUUACAUGUGGGAUGAUGGUAAAAACUCUGAUUUAAGAAAAUUUCCAGCCGAAGACGUUUUAAUGUUACACCGUUUCGUUAAAAUGUGGACGAAUUUCGUGAAAUACUUCAACCCCACGCCUCAAGCGGAUCCUCUUCUACAAAAUAUCUCCUGGAAGCCGAGCGAACCUAAUACUAUCAGAUAUCUGAACAUCAACUCUACAUUGGAAAUGAGAAACAAUCCUAGACAGUAUGCCCAAGUUAAGGAAGUUUUGGAUAAAUAUCUAGUUGCUCCUUUUGAUUCAAUGACGUAAAUAGUAUUUAAAGUUGCCGCCAUGUAAAUUGAAUUUUGUGAAAUAAAAAUUUCUGAGUACCU